UUCUCAGAUUUGGAUUAUGAAUUCAACUAUACAGGAAGUAAAUAGUAUUCAAUUUGGAAUAAUGAAAGGUCCUUCCAUAGCUGGUGAUAGUCACACUCGACUAUUUGGUUACUGGGGUACUAGGGCCGGACACCAAACUACUGGUUGUUUUAAUAUGUUGUGCCUAGGCUUCGUUCAAAUUAGUGCGCACAUAUUUUUAGGACAUCAGUUUCCGCAGUCGUCAAUAUAUGGGCAAAGAAUAUAUGAAGUGUAUCUGAAGGUGUACCAGGUUCAAGAAGUUGGUGACUGGUGGUUAAGCGUGGGACCGAAUGCUGAGACAACCGAAGAUGUAGGAUACUGGCCGAGUCAAAUUUUUACACGUUUAAGAAGGAGUGCAUCAGAUGUACGAUUUGGUGGAACUGCAGGAUCAUUAGCUCAAGCAUCAAGUCCACCGAUGGGAAAUGGACAUUUACCUCAACUUGCAGACUAUAAGAAGACAGCUUUCAUGAGGGGAAUGAAGUAUAUGAACGAGAUGGGAAACCUCGCUAACCUAGACCCACGCUCAGUGGAAACCAUAAGUGGUUCACCACCGCAAUGCUAUGAUAUUGAGUUUGCUGGUCAGUUGAGGGGUUGGGAGAAUACUAUGGCGUACGGUGGACCUGGUGGCAUGUGUGAUUAGUAGUAUAAUGCAUGCAAAUGCGAUGAUAGUUUG